CAACGGCUGGACACCGAGCAGGACGACCAUGAUGUACUUGAGAGUGAGCUGAAUGAAAUGCGAAACCGAGUGACCACACUGACCAGGCAACUGCGUCGUGCCCGCGAAGAGUUCGAGGACGAGAUGCUGACGAAGGAGAACCACUUGCAGCGCCGGUUCCGUGAGUUCCAAGAACAGCUGGAGGAGGAGCAGCGAAGCAAAGAGAGGGCCCUCCAGUUGGUCAAAGACCUGGAGAACCAGCUUUUCAUGACGCGGGCAGAGGAGACGGAAGAGGAGAAUGGUAUGUUAGCGCUUUGA